AUGACGACGGGCAACAUCGACUUUAUGGACGUGGCGUGCUUGGACGGGUUCAAGGUCCUCAAGCUCCCCUACGAGCCCGGCGCCGCUCCACGGACAACGCGGUACUCCAUGCUCGUCUUCCUCCCGGACGCGCGCGACGGCCUCUCGACCAUGGUGGACGUGGUCACCGCGUCGCCGGCGUAUCUGUACGGCAUCUUGGCGGAGAUGAAGGAGAAGCCUGUCAUCAUGCAGCUGCCCAAGUUCGAGAUCUCCUUCAGCUGGAGUGACCUCAAGCGCGAUCUCUGCCGGCUGGGCCUCUCGCUGCCGUUCUUGCUGGAGGCCGCCGACCUGCGCGGCAUGUGCAAGGGGGACGACGACGUCGCCGGCGGUGAACGGCGGCCGACGUUCCUGUCCAAGGUCGCGCACAAGGCGGUGGUCAAGGUGAACGAGGCGGGGACGGAGGCAACUGCAGUCACAGUGGGUUUGCGUGGUGGGGGCGGGCCGCCGCCGGACCUCGUCAAGUUCACCGCCGACCAUCCCUUCACCUUCUUCAUCAUUGAUGAAGGAGCUGUCCGGGGUGAUCGUGUUCGCAGGGCACGUCCUCGAUCCAACCAAGUGAUCAGCAUCCGAGGAUCAACAAAAUCACUAACUGUUGCUUCUUUGGUAGUAAUAAUUUCAGACUGUUCACUGCUGUAA